GAGCUCCUCCCGCCUGCCCGGGGCGGGGGGAGAAAACUCGCACCCGCGGCAUCCCCAGCGCCAGCUCCGCGGCAGCGCAGGUGGGGCCCCUCGGCAGCAAGUUUCCUCGGGGCAGGGGGACGAAGUUGCGCGGGGGCGGCCCCAGCCGUGCGCCCCGCUAUUGCACACACCCCCCACACCCCCCCCCCCCCGCUUUGUUCCCGGGAGGAUGCGGCGCGCCUAGCCCCGGCCGAGGCGGUGGGGCCGCAGCGGGGGCAGGGGCAGCCCUCCGCCGGAAAACUCCGCGCCGCCCCCCUUCCUCCUCCUCCUCCUUCCUCCUCCUCCUCCUCCGCAGAGCCCCGGCGCGGAGCGAUGCUUCCCCGGGCGGCGGGCGGCGAUGGAGCGGGGCGAUAGCGCGGCGCGGCGGUGCAGAGCAGCCCCCCGGGCAGCCGCCCGCUGCCCCUGAGCGGCGGCGAGGAGGAGGAGGAGGAGGAAGGCCGGGUGUGUGAGCGGGGCGGCGGCCCCGUCGGCCCGCGGCCAUGGAGGAGUGGCGGCAGUGCGGCCGCUGGCUCAUCGACUGCAAAGUUUUGCCCCCGAACCACCGGGUGGUCUGGCCCUCGGCGGUGGUCUUCGACCUGGCGCAGGCGCUGCGGGACGGGGUGCUGCUCUGCCAGCUGCUCCACAACCUCUCCCCCGGCUCCAUCGACCUCAAGGACAUCAACUUCAGGCCCCAGAUGUCCCAGUUUCUCUGUUUGAAGAACAUCCGAACCUUCCUAAAAGUGUGUCACGACAAAUUUGGGUUAAGAAACAGCGAUCUGUUUGAUCCCUUUGACCUCUUUGAUGUACGGGAUUUUGGAAAGGUGAUCUCUGCAGUAUCCAGACUCUCCUUCCACAGUAUUGCUCAAACCAAAGGAAUUAGGCCUUUCCCGUCGGAGGAAACCACGGAAAACGAUGACGACGUGUAUCGGAGCUUGGAGGAGCUGGCGGACGAACAUGAUCUGGGGGAGGAUAUUUAUGACUGCGUCCCCUGUGAAGAUGAAGGCGAUGAUAUCUAUGAAGAUAUCAUCAGAGUGGAGGUUCAACAGCCCAUGAAAAUGGGAAUGACAGAAGAUGACAAAAGAAAUUGCUGUUUGCUAGAAAUCCAAGAAACUGAGGCCAAAUACUACAAAACACUUGAAGAUAUAGAAAAGAACUAUAUGAACCCACUGCGGCUGGUACUGACUCCCCAAGACAUGGAAGCUAUUUUUAUCAAUUUGGAGGACCUAAUUAAAGUGCACUUCAAUUUCCUGAGAGCCAUCGACGUCUCUAUGAUGUCUGGAGGAAGCAGCCUGGCAAAAGUGUUUCUGGAAUUCAAAGAGAGGCUGCUGAUUUACGGCAAGUACUGCAGCCACAUGGAGUACGCCCAGAACACGCUCAACCACCUCCUCGCCAACAGGGAGGACGUCAGGCAGAAGGUGGAGGAAUGCACACUAAAGGUUCAGGAUGGGAAAUUUAAAUUGCAAGAUCUGCUGGUGGUUCCAAUGCAGAGAGUUUUGAAAUAUCAUCUCCUGUUAAAAGAGCUGCUCAGCCAUUCAUCGGACCGACCAGAGAAGCAGCAGCUGAAGGAGGCUCUGGAGGCGAUGCAGGACUUGGCCAUGUACAUAAAUGAAGUAAAGAGGGACAAAGAGACGUUAAAGAAAAUAAGUGAAUUUCAGAGCUCUAUAGAAAAUCUGCAAGUGAAGCUGGAGGAGUUCGGGAGGCCGAAGAUCGAUGGCGAGCUGAAGGUCCGCUCCAUAGUCAACCACACCAAGCAGGACAGGUAUUUAUUUUUAUUUGAUAAAGUGGUGAUUGUCUGCAAGAGGAAAGGAUACAAUUAUGAGCUGAAAGAAAUUAUUGAGCUGCUCUUUCACAAGAUGACCGACGACCCUAUGAAUAACAAGGAUAUUAAGAAGUGGUCAUACGGCUUCUACCUAAUUCACCUUCAGGGGAAGCAGGGCUUCCAGUUCUUCUGCAAGACGGAGGAAAUGAAGAGGAAGUGGAUGGAGCAGUUUGAGAUGGCAAUGUCCAACAUCAAGCCAGAGAAAGCCAAUGCAAACCACCAUAACUUUCAGAUGUACACAUUUGAAAAGACAACCAACUGCAAAGCCUGCAGGAUGUUCCUGAGAGGAACCUUCUACCAGGGCUAUCUUUGCCCCAAAUGUGGGGCGGGUGCUCAUAAGGAGUGCUUGGAGAUCAUUCCUCCCUGCAAGAUCGGCUCUUCAGCAGACCAGGAUUCGCUGAGUGCCGGACCUGGCCCUAAAAUGGUGGCGGUUCAGAAUUACCACGGAAACCCAGCCCCCCCUGGGAAGCCGGUGCUGACAUUUCAAAUUGGGGAUGUGAUCGAGCUGCUGAGGGGGGACCCCGACUCGCCGUGGUGGGAGGGACGGUUGCUGCAGACGAAGAAGUCGGGUUAUUUUCCCAGCUCAUCGGUAAAGCCCUGCCCCGUUGACGCGAGGCCUCCCAACAGCCGGCCGCCCUCGCGGGAGAUCGACUACACGGCGUACCCGUGGUUCGCAGGGAACAUGGAGCGGCAGCAGACGGACAACCUGCUCAAGUCACACGUCAGCGGCACCUACCUGAUCCGGGAGCGGCCAGCCGAGGCCGAGCGCUUCGCCAUCAGCAUUAAGUUCAACGAGGAGGUGAAGCACAUCAAGGUGGUGGAGAAGGACAACUGGAUUCACAUCACGGAAGCCAAGAAGUUUGAAAGCUUGCUGGAGCUGGUCGAGUACUACCAGAGCCACUCGCUGAAGGAGAGCUUCAAGCAGCUGGACACAACGCUGAAAUACCCCUAUAAAUCUCGGGAGCGCUCUACCUCCAGGACCUUCACCCGCUCUCCAGCCUCCUGCGCUUCCUACAACUUUUCUUUUCUCAGUCCUCAGGGCCUCAACUUUUCUUCUCAGAGCUCCUCCAGUCCCUUCUGGUCAGUAUUCACCCCACGGGUCAUAGGGACGGCGGUGGCACGAUACAACUUCGCGGCGCGGGACAUGCGGGAGCUCUCGCUGCGAGAGGGCGAUGUGGUGAAGAUCUACAGCAGGAUUGGCGGGGACCAGGGAUGGUGGAAGGGGGAAACCAACGGAAGAGUUGGCUGGUUUCCCUCGACGUACGUGGAAGAGGAGGGGGUGCAAUGACUGCGAGGAUGUCUGCUGGAAAGUCAUCGAGCGCCCAGAGCGAGCCGCUGCAGACCGUGCACACUUGUCCCGACGCCCGCGGCUCCCCGUGAGACGCGGCCGGACGCCUCCCAGGACUGCUCUCGCAGACUCUUUAGCAAUCCGUUCCUCUGUACAGUGUGUGUGUGCGCGCGUGCGUCGGGGCCGCCGCCGGCCUCGCUCCUGUUACGUGUAUAGAAGAUUGAUGGUCUGUCGGAUAACGUUCGUGUAGCAGCUGCAGAAGAGUCCCGGGAAAGCCGCGCUCCCCUGCAUGGACAGAGCUGAGAGACUCUGCGCGGUGCCUGCCGGAGGAGGGGGUCCUCCAAAGCUCUUUUCCUAAAGGUGUUUUAAAAGCCACCACGGUGAUGGCGGUGGGAGGGUGAGGCUGAAAGUUCGCGCCUGGGCUGGUGCCCGGGUGUGCCAAGGUGGGAAUUUGGGGGUUUCUAAGGGGAGGGAGUGACUCGGCCCCGAGGAGACGAUGCGGACCCCUGCCGCGCCGCUCGGGUGGGCUCCCUGGGUCGGGAUUUCCGCAAUCUCCCUGGCAGCUGUGCGGCAGAACCCAGCAGCACCCCGCUGCAGCUGGGACGAGGGGGCAGAGCGGGGACACCCGGCCCAGGAGGAGGAGGAGGGCUGUUGCUCAUCUCUGAAGGAUGCCAGCUGUGAAACCAGGAGCGCGUUUUGACCGUCAGACAUAGGCUGGAAGUGGACCUCCAGGUCAGGCAGGAGGGGAAAAGGGCCGCUUUGGCAUCCCAAGCCCGUUUUCUUUACAACCACCUUUGGUCCCCCCAGCCUUGCUGCAGGCGGAGGGGGCAGCCCGGGGGGCCGCCUGGGCCCACGGGUGAGCAGGAGGUCUCGGUGCAGUGCAGGACCGGAGAUGCACUGUGCCGUGCAAGGGUUUUGGAGGCUGCUACAGCACCAGGUACAUGCAGAGGAAUGGCCGGCAGCGUGUGUCCGUGGGUCCGUCCUGCCCUCGCUCCCCAAGCCAGGCAGCGAUGACACGUCCCACCUCACUGAGCUCAGAGGGGCAAACCCACCUGAGUAAGGGCUACGGUAUCAACUACUCCCGAUUUCUCUCACUAAGUUGUGGAAGCAUCUCUCUUUCCCCAGCUGCGUGCACUUUUGGGGGCUGUGAGCGUUGUCCCCACUCUUCCUCCCACCGGCUGUUACUGCUGCUGCUGUCGAGUAAAGGUCCGUCUGUCUUGGCGUUGCCGCUUUGUCCUGAGCACCGUCCGUCUGAGUCCGUUCUUUCCAGAGCGCGGCCCCUCUGGUUGGUAGGCAGAGCUGCCGGGUGGAAAUCCAGGCCAGCGUCUUCUGCCAAGCACCGGCUUUGCUCUCCAGCUCCAGAGGUUCCUUGCAGAGCGCAAAUACGAACAAAUCGUGUGCGGGUGUGUGACAGGGAAGAACUUCCCUCUCUCCGAUCCCUGAGCCCCCGGAGAUGCUCUCCAGCCUCUCUGAACCGGCGGCAUUCUGAGCUGGUGCUUCCAUGCCCUGACGUUGUUCCCCUGGGACUUGCGGGGGUCCUGCGGCGGGGCGCCGUGUUCCUGGCGCGGGCUCUCGGCAUCGCGCUGGCGCAGGUCUGGCAGACGCCAGGGUUGGGUGGGUGAGCGGUGCUGAUGCCCUCGGUCCCCGGCACGGGGGCGCAUGGCUGCACCUGAAGCCUUGCUGCAAAUGGAGCACGGUGCCCUGCCUGGGGUGUUCCAUGGGAGAGUUGGGGGCUCUCGAGGAACAGAUAUUAACUUGGAAAUUACACGUUACUGCUCAGUGACAAGCCCAGGGCUGCCCCCCUUUGCUGCCCGUUGCUCCUGGAGCCCCGCGAGUGCCCCCGCUCUCGGUGCCGCGGGGGGAGCGGGGUGGGUGCCCACGGGGGGGUCUUGCUGUGUGAGGUGACGGGGACGCGGGGGGGGCUCAGGGCUUUCCCAAGGUACUGUUUGGUGCUAACCUCUCCUGGCCGGCCCCUCGCUGCUCGGCUCGGGGGUACGCUCGAGGGGUCCCGUUUGAAGGGGAGGCUUGCGGGUGCAGCCAGCGGGGAGCUGGCGAUGCCCUGCUCCUCCUGUGCAAAGCAAAGGGCCACGCUCCGAUUCCCGCAGCUGCGCUGGAGCUCAGGGCGUACGUAAGGUGAACGAGGUGCGCGCACACCCCCCCCCACCCCGAGACAACCUCACGAAGGCUCGUGUAAUGCCUCAGAUCCUAAAGCCUUACGCCACCCUCCUGUUUAACGUUGCCGGUUCUGUGAGGCGGCGAGGGCAUCCCCUCUGGAAGAGCACGUUCCCUGGCCCGGGGACCACGGCACCGCCUCUCCCUUACGCCCCAAAGGGAUCCCCGACCUCCGCCGCUGCCCGCGCUCCCCUCCAGCCCUGCCAAAUCGCCCUUCCCUCCGGAGAGCUCUCCCUCUUGUGUUUACUGUUGUAAGAAACUUGUUAAAAAAGAUUGUUUUGUUUGUAAUUAUUCAGCCAUUUGCCACAAUAUAUAUCUGUGAAUAAGAAAGGGAAAUGUUUUUUUACGAUGGCGAGAAAAUUGUAUAUAUAUUUUAGUUCAUCGCAGAUCAUUCAAAAUUGCAAUGGGAUACGUUGGAAAAUAAUAUGUAAAUUCCUUGGGUUUUUCCUUUGCACUGCACUAACUGGGGUAGGGCGGAGGGGGUUUAAAGAUAAAACUGUUUGUUUAUGGAAUAGUUUAUAGCUGGGAAUUUGGAAAUCAUUUGCAAUAGCUUGUAAUGCUGGAAUAGAAACUUUAGCUGCUACUUAGAAAUCCUUUUGCAUGUGGUUUUUCCAGACCUUUUUAAGUUACAAUACAUCAAAGUAAAUUCCACAACAAAAAAAAAAUAAAGUGUAAUUUUGCUGAUAGGG